UCGAAUAUCAAUAUCUCUUUCGUACUUAUUCUUUCUUCUUUGAGUUAGAUUCUCAGAAAUUAUUCUCCCAGAUAAAUAAACGUCCAGAUAGUCCUGAACUGCAGACACUGAAGCAAGUAACUAGUUAUGGAAAAAUCGCUCCUGCUUCUCAUAUCUUAUGAGAUAUUAUGGAACACUUCACGUAACUAAAUAAUCAAAAAUAGAUUUGAGAUGUUUCCAAAGAAGCCUAAUGUUUGCGGUAGUAAAUUACUACACGGCAACGGUGCUUUUUGCACUUGUUCACCGAUCAUUCUCAGCGAUGGUUCUUCCCAGGCCACCUUCUUCACAGAACUACAUCCAACGCUUCGAUCGAAAAGGAAACGAACAGAAGCUUUACGAGGGAAAGUCUUUGCAAAGCUUCUUACAAAAUCCCAACAUGGAAAGAGCAAAUACCAACGAUUACAGUCUUGUAGAAAUCGAACUUCAAAGCCCGAAUGAAAUGGAUGUCACCAGUCUGCAAGAUAUCGUGCAUGCAAUGCUGAAACAAUCCGAGCAAGUUCAUAAUGACAGUUACCCAAAUCCAGAAGUGGUGCCUCACUCAAUUUUCGGUGUAAGAGACGUCGGCUUAACCCCGAACUUCAAAAUAAACGCGGUUAACGAAGAGAGACACGUUUUAAUACGUCCAUCGAAAUUUCAAAAUGUCGACGAAAAAUUGUACUAUUUGAAGAAUGGGAGGCCAAAGGUUUACGUGAAUGUGAGAGGUCGCAGCGGUUCCUUUCGAAAGGAUGUGAGUUCUAGAACGACAUCUAGUAACGAACCUGUAGAAUUUCUGAGAAUGACGCCUCCUGUGCAUAGACCAACCGACUGGAAGACUCAUCACGAUAAAAUAAUUCGUCCGUUAAAGAAAUUCGAGCAUCAAACCAACACCAAACGCGAAUAUCAGAAACGCUUUUUAAAGAACGAAGCUAAGAAACUAAGCAGAUUAGCUAUAGUUUAUGGUCUGGAUGACUCCACUACUGAGAACUCGAUGGUAACCUCUAGCGAGUUACCCAAGCAGAUACCAGCGCCACCGUCGAAAUUUCCAAGCAGAACACUAAUGGCGCAGACCACGCCAGUUCAAAAGUACGCUUUAAAAAGAACGAAUAUAUUACCAGAAUAUAGCUACCCUGACAUUUCAUGAUAUUUCAA